CUACAGCCUCGCGGCUGACGUUCUGCAUGCGCAUGAAGCCACAACUACCCCACCUAAGGCCUUGUGCGAUGCCAUCGCCAGAUUAAGAAUAAAACACAGCGCGCUCGACUCAGUUCGCGCUUCUGGGAACCCAGUUCUACUAUCAAGACAUUCAGAGCUGCACGGCUGUCUAUUGCCCUCCUGCUACGCCGACCUCUACCGCUCGCAGCACAGCCACCUCACCCUCAUCCUAUUAGACUGCCACGUCGAACCUCUCGCGUCUUGUUUCCACCACGCGUCCACCACAGAUCCACAGAUUCACAUGAGUCGAUGCGUCUUCUAAAGUACGGAGAAGAUGGCCGCAUUACUAUUAGCAGCUUCGACGAUGACGCGCUACCCCGUUAUGCAAUUCUUUCACAUACCUGGGGGGCAGAUGCGGAUGAGGUGACUUUCGCAGACCUUGCAAAAGGCAACAGCAAGCACAAGCCUGGCGAUAUAGAGAUGUCUGGCUACAAGAAGAUGUUUGGCUAUAAGAAGGUGCUUGGCUAUAAGAAGACGACUGGCUAUAAGAAGAUUCGCUUCUGUGCAGAGCAAGCACAGCAAGAUGGACUGCAGUAUUUCUGGGUUGACACAUGCUGCAUCGACAAGUCAGACAAGGCUGAGCUCUCUUUAGCUAUCCAGUCUAUGUUUCGCUGGUACCAAAAUGCGACCAAGUGCUACGUAUACCUAUCAGACGUAUCGACAAAGAAGGGAAUAGCUGGCAGUUUUUCCACCAAGUUCACUUGGGAGCCUGCCUUUAAGUCAAGUCGAUGGUUCACUCGUGGCUGGACGCUCCAAGAGCUUGUCGCACCAAGCAUCGUCGAGUUCUUCUCUCAAGAGUGGGAGAAGCUUGGUGACAAGACAUCGCUAAAGUCAUUGAUCAAAAGGAUCACUGGCAUUCCACACGAAGCGCUAGAAGGAGCUCCUCUUUCCCAAUUUAGCAUUGACGAGCGGCUGCGGUGGAAAGAAGGCCGUGUGACUAAACGCGAAGAAGACGGAGCGUACUCGCUGCAAGGGAUUCUAGAUGUCGAGCUAGCGCCAGUGUAUGGCGAAGGUGCAGCUGGCGCCUUCAGGCGCCUUAUGGACGAGAUCGACGGUUUAAAACGAUGUGUCCAAGACCUACACAGCACAGACCCGCGUAAUGACAAGCAGCGCAUUGAGGAUACAAAGGGUGGACUGCUAGCAGACUCCUACCGCUGGGUUCUGGACAACACCACUUUCCAGCAAUGGCAACAGGACCCGCACAGCCGGCUGCUAUGGGUAAAAGGAGACCCUGGUAAAGGCAAGACGAUGUUGCUCUGCGGCCUUAUUAACGAGCUGCAAAAAUCGAUUCCUAAGAGUGCCCAUCUGUCGUAUUUUUUCUAUCAAGCGACUGAUGCGCGCAUCAACAGCGCCACGGCCGCGCUACGAGGGCUGCUGCAUAUGCUUGUGACUCAGAAACCAUCGCUUGCAUCGCACAUCCGCAAGAAGUACGACUUUGCCGGAAAGGCCUUGUUCGAAGAUGCGAAUGCUUGGGUAGUUUUGGAAGAGAUCUUCGGGGAUUUGAUACAAAAUCCAAGCCUUACGAUGACGUACCUAAUCAUCGACGCACUGGACGAGUGCGUCGUGGAUCGGACGAAGCUGCUGGAGUUUGUCGCAAAGCAGUCAUCUGCGUCCCCCCGUGUUAAGUGGAUUGUUUCUAGCCGUAACUGGCCAGAUAUUGAAGCACAGCUAGAGCGGGCAGGACACAAAGUAAAGCUAAGUCUUGAGCUAAACGCGCACUCAGUCGCAGCAGCGGUUGAUGUCUUUAUACAGCGGAAGGUGGAUCAGCUAGCGCAGGAAAAGGGGUACAAGGCAGAGGUCCGGCUCGCCGUGCUCCAGCACCUGAGGUUAAACGCCAACGACACCUUCCUCUGGGUAGCGUUAGUGUGCCAGGACCUGAAAACGACACCAAAGUGGAACGUGUUGAACAAGCUAGCCCUAUUCCCACCUGAGCUAGACUCCCUGUACAAGCGGAUGAUGGACCAGAUAAGCGAGUCCGAUGGUGCCGAGAUCUGCCGGCAGGUGCUAGCUUCGACUGCGAUCCUGUACCGACCUGUUGCGGUCCCUGAACUAGUUGCGCUUGUGGAGCAGCUUGAGGAUUUAGAUGACCUAGAGUCGGUGCGGGAGAUUGUCGGCUUAUGUGGGUCGUUUCUCACCCUGCGAAAGGAUAUAGUCUACUUUGUGCAUCAGUCCGCAAAGGACUUCCUCUUUGCAAAGGCUUAUAACGAAGCGUUUCCAGACGGAAGCGAAGCCAUUCAUCAGACAAUAUUCUUAAGGUCGCUGGCAGUGCUCUCUAGGACGCUCCGCAGGGACAUGUACAAUUUAGAAGCGCCAGGAUAUCCUAUCAAGAACGUCAAACUACCCAAGGCAGACCCAUUAGUAGUAUCACGGUACCCGUGCGUCUACUGGGUCGAUCAUCUGUGGGAGUCAAAGCCCAAGUCAUUGGGGAGCAGUGUCGGUGGCCUGGAAGCUCUAGACGUUGUCGAUAACUUUCUAAGAAAGAAGUAUCUCUACUGGCUAGAAGGGCUUAGUCUUUGCAGAGGCGUAGAGAAUGGUGUGGUAUCAAUGACAAAACUGUGGUUGUUAGUGCAGGAGAUGCGUGACCAAGAUAGACUUGCUCUGCUUGUUCAAGACGCAUGGCGAUUCAUCAUGUACCACAAAGGGGCAAUCGAGGGUUACCCUCUUCAGACCUAUGCAUCCGCACUCCUGUUCAGUCCGACAAGUGGUCUCAUCAGACAGCUGUUCCAGCACGAAGAGCCGAAAACAAUCAGUAUUAGACCAGCUCUGAGCGACGGAUGGAGCGCGUGCCUGCAGACGCUCGAGGGCCAUAGC